AGGUGGAGAAUGUCGAGCCCAGGGAGAGUGCUUCAGUCGCGAUCCUGGAGAAGGGAGAAAAGUUGGCGGUGCCAGAGAUCGACAGUGGUGCACCGGAUUCCAUUUCUGCGACAGAUCCCAUGGUGGAGGACACACAGGGAGCAUGUCCUGCCAGUGAAGACAUUCACGAGCUUGUGGAAGAGGAGCAAACCAAAGUCGAUGUGCCACAGCAAGUUUCCGAACGCGAGGUCGAGCUUCCCAUUCCAGUAGAAGAACUCCCAGAGUCGGCAAACGAAGCCGUCCAGGAGCCAGAGCCUGUUGCUGAGGCCGUUCCCGGGCCAGAGGCCGUGCCUGAGGUUGCUGAGGAACCUGCCCAGGAGGUGGAACUGGCCGAGCCACUCGUAGCUCAAGUACCAACUGCCACAGUGGAUGCUGUCUUACCAGCACACAAGGAAAUCGAGGCCGAAGAGAGCAUAGAGCCGGCCGAGGUGGCUGUGGAUGACCAGGUGGAGAAUGUCGAGCCCAGGGAGAGUGGUUCAGUCGCGAUCCUGGAGGAGGGAGAAAAGUUGGCGGUGCCAGAGAUCGACAGUGGUGCACCUGAUUCCAUGCAUGCGACAGAUCCCAUGGUGGAGGACACACAGGGAGCAUGUCCUGCCAGUGAAGACAAGGUCGAGCUUCCCAUUCCAGUAGAAGAACUCCCAGAGUCGGCAAACGAAGUCGUCCAGGAGCCAGAGCCUGUUGCUGAGGCCGUUCCCGGGACAGAGGCCGUGCCUGAGGCUGCUGAGGAACUUGCCCAGGAGGUGGAACUGGCCGAGCCACUCGUAGCUCAAGUACCAACCGCCACAGUGGAUGCUGUCUUACCAGCACACAAGGAAAUCGAGGCCGAAGAGAGCAUAGAGCCGGCCGAGGUGGCUGUGGAUGACCAGGUGGAGAAUGUCGAGCCCAGGGAGAGUGCUUCAGUCGCGAUCCUGGAGGAGGGAGAAAAGUUGGCGGUGCCAGAGAUCGACAGUGGUGCACCGGAUUCCAUUUCUGCGACAGAUCCCAUGGUGGAGGACACACAGGGAGCAUGUCCUGCCAGUGAAGACAUUCACGAGCUUGUGGAAGAGGAGCAAACCAAAGUCGAUGUGCCACAGCAAGUUUCCGAACGCGAGGUCGAGCUUCCCAUUCCAGUAGAAGAACUCCCAGAGUCGGCAAACGAAGUCGUCCAGGAGCCACAGCCUGUGGCUGAGGCCGUUCCCGGGCCAGAGGCCGUGCCUGAGGCUGCUGAGGAACCUGCCCAGGAGGUGGAACUGGCCGAGCCACUCGUAGCUCAAGUACCAACCGCCACAGUGGAUGCUGUCUUACCAGCACACAAGGAAAUCGAGGCCGAAGAGAGCAUAGAGCCGGCCGAGGUGGCUGUGGAUGACCAGGUGGAGAAUGUCGAGCCCAGGGAGAGUGCUUCAGUCGCGAUCCUGGAGGAGGGAGAAAAGUUGGCGGUGCCAGAGAUCGACAGUGGUGCACCGGAUUCCAUUUCUGCGACAGAUCCCAUGGUGGAGGACACACAGGGAGCAUGUCAUGCCAGUGAAGACAUUCACGAGCUUGUGGAAGAGGAGCAAACCAAAGUCGAUGUGCCACAGCAAGUUUCCGAACGCGAGGUCGAGCUUCCCAUUCCAGUAGAAGAACUCCCAGAGUCGGCAAACGAAGUCGUCCAGGAGCCACAGCCUGUGGUUGAGGCCGUUCCCGGGACAGAGGCCGUGCCUGAGGCUGCUGAGGAACUUGCCCAGGAGGUGGAACUGGCCGAGCCACUCGUAGCUCAAGUACCAACUGCCACAGUGGAUGCCGUCUUACCCGCACACGAGGAAAUCGAGGCCGAAGAGAGCAUAGAGCCGGCCGAGGGGGCUGUGGAUGACCAGGUGGAGAAUGUCGAGCCCAGGGAGAGUGCUUCAGUCGCGGUCCUGGAGGAGGGAGAAAAGUUGGCGGUGCCAGAGAUCGAGAGUGGUGCACCGGAUUCCAUGCAUGCAACAGAUCCCAUGGUAGAGGACACACAGGGAGCAUCUCCUGCCAGUGAAGACAUUCACGAGCUUGUGGAAGAGGAGCAAACCAAAGUCGAUGUGCCACAGCAAGUUUCCGAACGUGAGGUCGAGCUUCCCAUUCCAGUAGAAGAACUCCCAGAGUCGGCGAACGAAGUCGUCCAGGAGCCACAGCCUGUGGCUGAGGCCGUUCCCGGGCCAGAGGCCGUGCCUGAGGCUGCUGUGGAACCUGCCGAGCCACUCGUAGCUCAAGUACCAACCGGCACAGUGGAUGCCGUCUUGCCCGCACAUGAGGAAAUCGAGGCCGAAGAGAGUAUAGAGCCGGCUGAGGUGGCUGUGGAUGAGCAGGUGGAGAAUGUCGAGCCCAGGGAGAGUGCUUCAGUCGCGAUCCUGGAGGAGGGAGAAAAGUUGGCGGUGCCAGAGUUCGAGAGUGGUGCACCGGAUUCCAUGCAUGCGACAGAGCCCAUGGUGGAGGACACACAGGGAGGAUCUCCUGCCAGUGAAGACAUUCACGAGCACGUGGAAGAGGAGGAAGUCAAUGUCGAGAAGGGACAACAAGUUUCUGAGCGCGGGCUUGGGCUGGCAUUCCGAGUAGAAGAACUCCCACAGGUGACGAACGAAGCCGUCCAGGAGCCAGAGACUGUUCUUGAGGCCGUUCCCGAGCGAGAGGCCGUGCCUGAGGCUGCUGAAGAGGCUGCCAAGGGGGUGGAACUGGCCGAGCCAGUCGCAGCUCAAGUACCAACCACCACAGUGGACGCCGUCUUACGUGCACACGAUGAAAUCAAGGAGGAAGAGAGCAUGGAGCCGGGCGAGGUUGCUGUGAAUGACCAGGUGGAGGUUGUCCAGCCCAGGGAGAGUGCUUCAGUCGCGAUCGUGGAGGAUGGAGAAAAGUCGGCGGUGCCAGAGAUUGAGAGUGCUGCUCCAAAUUCCACUCGUGCGUUAGAUCCCGUGGUGGACACACAGGGAGCAGCUCCUGCCAGUGAAGACAUUCCCGAGCAAGUGGAAGAGGUGGAAGCCAAUGUCGAAGAGCCACAGCAAGUUGAGCUCGAGCUGCCUGUCGAGAAUGUCCCAUGGGAGGCUGUUCAGGAGGCUUGGGACAUCCCAAAGCAUGAAUCUGGUAUUCAGGCUUUUGAGCUGGUGGCUGCCGAAAAAGAUGUUUCCUUUUCACCAGCAACGGCCAGAGGCGUUCGUGAUCCGACAGUUGACCCUUCUGGAGGAGGCGGUGGUGGCGGUGGCCUAGACAUGAAAGUGAAGGAUGAAAAUCCAUCUGGGGAAUUCAGUGUUGUUGCAGUGACAACAAUGACAUGGGCAGAUGGUAAGGAGCAGGUUUUGGGAGCUGUUGCUGUUCAUCACGUGAAGGUGUUGUCAUCUACUCUAGAUGACGAUUCUUGGGAGGAAGUGGCAGCUUCCGAACAAUAUGAACCAAAUGGUCUUGGUAGCAGUAAUGGUGGGACUCACAAGUUGGAUUUGAACAUCAUUGAGGACUAUGCUGGAGGCAAAUAGUUGUAGUGUGAUUGUUUACGAACUUCAUAAUGGCCAUAGCAUUGGCUUUGCUAUUGUGGAAUGCAUUUGAAGUUAUCAAACUGCAAAGUCGGACAAGCCAA